GAAGGAUAGAGGUGGUAGAAGUGGAAGAGAGAAAGAAAGGGCGAGGGAGAGAGAUCGAGAAAUGGAUGAUGUACCGAUUCCAUCUAACAAGAGCGUAGAGGAUUGGUCGAGCGGCAAUAACUUGACUAUCAAUCGUUCAACUAUCGAAAACGAUAUAACCUCGAAUGGUUUAGUGCAAUUAACGUUUUACAUAUUUUAUGCAAAUAUUUUCUCAUUGGGCUUAUUUGGUAACGUGUUGGUAUGUUUCGUCGUAGCACGAAAUCGACAAAUGCAGACUGUGACUAAUCUAUUUAUCACGAAUCUAGCAUUGAGCGAUGUGUUACUUUGUGUUCUGGCGGUUCCGUUUACUCCUUUAUACACAUUUCUUGGACGAUGGGUAUUCGGUAGAACUCUAUGCCAUUUAGUACCAUAUGCACAAGGUGUUAGCGUAUAUAUCAGCACACUGACACUAACGAGUAUCGCGAUCGAUAGGUUCGUGGUAAUCAUAUAUCCAUUUCAUCCUCGUAUGAAGAUCGAAGUUUGUUUAGGCAUGAUCGUCGGAAUUUGGGUAAUAGCAUUGUUAGUCACUUUACCUUAUGGGCUUUACAUGCAUCUGGAGGAGCCGCACACUUAUUGCGAAGAACAUUGGCCUAACGAACGAUUUCGCAAAAUCUUUAGUUCCAUCACCUCUAUACUGCAAUUUGUUCUACCCUUCUUCGUGAUCGCUUUUUGUUAUAUCUGCGUCUCGAUUAGAUUGAAUGAUAGGGCUAAAACGAAACUUGUUAACAAGACCAGUAAAAGAGAAGAGGCUGACAAAGAGAAGAAAAAACGAACGAACCGGAUGCUGAUCACUAUGGUUACUGUAUUUGGCAUAUCUUGGUUACCGCUCAACAUCGUCAAUGUUAUCGACGAUUUUUAUUCGCCGGCCAACGACUGGACUUAUUAUAGGCUCUGCUUUUUCAUGACGCACUGCCUCGCUAUGAGUAGCACUUGCUACAAUCCUUUCCUUUACGCCUGGCUCAACGAUAACUUUCGCAAAGAAUUUAAGCAAGUGCUUCCAUGUUUUCCAAAAACGUCCAGUAGCCACACUUCGAGAACUACCCAAGGAUGUCAGAAUAAUAAAAAAUAUAAUGGGAAUAACACUCUCCAGGAAUCUUUGUUACCAAAUGAAACGCGAAUAAAAAUUUCCAAUACAGAAGAUUACGAAUUGAUCGUCCUCGAACUAACCACUGGUAACACGUCAAGAAAUUUCGAAGAAGCGAAAGUUCUCUGAUCCUCUGAGAUUUGAUACCGAAUCGAUUAUUAAACGGUACAGAAUUGUUCCCUGGAAGCUGGAAACUACCACGUGUUAUCCAUAAUAGAUUUUAUAUUAAUUACUAUAUACGCAAAUUAAAACGUAGGCAAUUAUAUAAUGCUCUACACGAUUAUAAUAUAAUAUGUAUAACGUAUCCAGAAUAUCAUCAAUUUGAAUUUAUUAUUCAAAGGGAAGAAUAAAAAAAGGAAUUUGCUCAACCUCAUCGUUAUCGUUUCGAAAUAUUAAGUUUUGAUGGUCGUGUAGAAAGUAGGAGACAGUGAUAUAUAUUGAUGGAAAAAUCCGCCGUUAAAUAUCAUACUAAUCCCGAUAACAAAUAAAAUUUGAAACACGUACUUAUACAACGUCACAGCAUUACCAAGUCGAUUAUAUAUGUAUACAUACGUCGGUUCAUUCGGUUUAAUUUAUCCUUGUCUUUAUGUAUGCGCGAUUUGAAAUUUUACUCGAAAACUUGCUCGAUAGAAUAUCCUAGAUAAGCAGACACAUUUUAAGGGUAUGUUCGCUGAUAAAAACUGAUAACACCGCCAUUUCGAUCGACCAUCCUCGAGAACGAGCUCUCCCCUUUCGCUCGUAUCCAAUUUCAAUUCCGCAAUAACAUCUCAUUAUCCUAUGGAAUGAUUGCGGUAAUCUGAGAGCAUACCGUGUGAAAAACGAUGCUCGUCGAGAUACAACGCGCAUACUCAUAGUAUGAAUCUCAUACCUUUAAUAUGUACAUACAUAUACACAUGCGGUAUAUAGAUAAGCGUAUGCGUACGUCCAUGCAUGCACGUAGCGAUGAAGUUUAAAAAGAAGCAGACAAAUAUUUUUUCGACAUUUUAUACGAAUGUAAAUCUACCUUAUGUUACGGUACGUACAAACUAUAUUCAUGGUUACGAAAUAUCACUAUUCUAUCACGAUAAAACGUUCAAUCUCCCAUA